AUGCGGCUUCCAGCUACUCCAAAGCCAGAUACCGCGCAAGACGCAACUAUGGCCUCCGAUAUGAAAGCCAUCGAAAUGCCUCUGCCAACUACUCCAAACCCAGCUGUCGCGCCAAACGCCAGAGCAAUGGACUUCGAUAUGAACAAUACCAAAAUGCCGCUUCCAGCUACUCCAAAGCCAGAUAUCGCGCAAGACGCACAGUAUAUUCGGCUCAUUCCCAAAACCAAGAUUCUCCAACAAAUUGCUACUCUUCUCCCAACCGACAGAGACAUUCUUCACUUUUCUCAGGCAUGCAAGAAAAUGUGGACCCAAGUCUAUGCUUCGGAGUCAGCAGUCUGGCGAAACCUGUUCGCCAAACGCUACGACAUUCUAUCCGUUCGACCCUCAACAGAGUUCAGAAACGAGUAUCUCAUUCGAGUUAUUGUUCUCAAUGCAAGUAUCAACUUUUCGGAAAAGGAAGACGACCGCCAGCAUAUGUGCAUGGAAGUGAUGCGGACGAUGCUCGAGGAAGCCAUUACGGCUCAUCUCAAGCCAGAGUCUUCUUCGAAGACCCUAUUCCGACUUCGAGAGUCUCUCAAGACCAUGAAUUUUCUCAAAUGUCUCCAAAAAGAAAACCCAUCUGAGCUCUUCUUCGCCCUCCAACUGGCCAUGACUCCCCUUGCACUUGACUUAGAUAUCACCCGAGCAUGUCACCGCGAUCAUUACAAUCUGGCCACCAUCUACUCAUUCGAUGAACAACUGAACAUGCCUUAUAUCGACAAGACUCAACUCAACCUUGACAAACUGCUACAAAUCCGGAGUUUUUGGCAACGCCACUUGUUGACUGAGUCAGAGUUUACUUAUUACGAGACCUUCGCGGCUCUUCCGUCACAUUUGAAGCCUGGUGUCCGAAAGGCCGACCCAAAGGAUGGAAGCAAUCUGAGUGCCUCGUGGCUGGGCUUGUACUCCUGUCUACACCCCUUGCCAGAUUCUUUGGAGGAACUCGCCCAGCUCAACCGACAAACAUGCGCCGACAUGGAGAACCACGUGGAUAUGAUUGACAUCAUGAAUCUCGAAAUCGAAGCGCAGCCCGGCGUGGAUGUUUUCUGGCCGGAAGUCUGCACCAUGAUUGCGCCCCCGGUUGGGCCCGAGACAGACCGCAUGUACUUCCAGGGCAAACAGGGCAUUCAUGGGCCCCCUGGCGAGGAGGAGAACACUGUCUUUGGAUUUACCGAGGACAUACAUACAACCUACGGUGGUAUCGGUGGAUGGAAACGGAUUUGCUUCACCAUCUGCCAAGGAAAUACCAGCACGACCUUCCAGAGCAAACUGGCUGGUGAUGAGUGGGUGCACUGCUACGAGGCUCUCAUCAUACCCGGGGGACGAUUAAUGCUGGGACGCUGGGUGGACAUGAAGAACGAGACUGGUCGCGGACCCUUCAUUUUUUGGGAUCUGUGA